UCCGCCUUCAACAUCGUCCUUAUCAGCUUCGACAGGUUCAUCUCGGUCACCAAAGCGGUCAGUUAUAGGGCUCAGAAAGGGAUGAGCAGACACACAAUACUGAAGAUGAUCACUGUGUGGAUUGCUGCUUUUCUUCUCUAUGGUCCAGCCAUUCUCAGCUGGGAGCACAUUGCCCAGAAAAGCAUCCUCCCUGAAGGAGAAUGUCAUGCAGAAUUCUUCUACAACUGGUACUUCCUAAUGAUUGCCUCUACUAUUGAAUUCUUUACACCUUUCAUCACUGUUACAUACUUUAACUUAAGUAUUUACCUCAACAUCAGGAAACGCACAUCCCUCAGAAACGAAAAUCCAUCACCUGGUCAAGAAGACUGCGAAAUGAGUUUGCAGGGAGAAAAAAGGAAACACGCUGUAUUUUUUGUAAAGCCUGCUAACAGACACAAACAGAAGAAGAGAGCAAGCAGCCUUUCUCCCACAAAAAAGGCUUCAAGGCUUAGCCUACAUAGCCUCGACAAUCAGCCAUUAAAUUUGAAUGUCAGUCAAGACCUUCCACCCCUUCAGGCAGACGUUGAGACCAAGCCUCACAGGAACGACUACAACAAAACUACGGAAAGCGUAUGCAAAGCUGCUAGUAGAGAGGACAUUGCUAGCACUACAGCAAAUAGAUUUAGACUUUCCCGGGAUAAAAGAGUAGCAAAGUCUUUGGCAAUUAUUGUCUGUGUGUUUGGUUUGUGUUGGGCUCCAUAUACACUCUUGAUGAUCAUCAGAGCAGCUUGCCAUGGGCACUGUGUACAGUAUUCACUCUAUGAGACUUCAUUUUGGCUUCUGUGGGUGAAUUCAGCCAUUAACCCUGUUCUCUACCCACUGUGCCACAUGAGCUUUAGGAAAGCCUUUAUUAAACUCCUGUGUCCAGUAAAAGCCAAAAUUCAUCCUCAUAUUUUUACAUAA